UCAGUUUCUUUCAGCCAGUCGUUCGCUUCGGUUGUUGGUUGUCGGAUGUCGGUUGUCGGUUGUCCGUUGCAUGUUGCAUGUUGUCGGUGGGUUGUCGCAGGUUGCCGCUGCGUUUGUUCCGCCCUGCGCGCAGACUCCGUGCGACUGACUGCAAGGUGCACUCAAAUUAAGAAGUGCCGCAGCGGCCGAAAAAACACUCCACUUUUGCUAUUCUGACACAAUUUCGCGGCGAAUCAGCAAUAAAAAAGGGAGGGGGGAAAAGACUGCAAAAAAAAAGCGAAAAAAAAGAGCGAAAAGUGUGUGUAAAAAAAAAAUAAAUGUGCAUUCAACAACAACAAUAGCGGAGAAAAGUGAGGAAAGAAACCGAAGGAGGCAGAAAUUGGAAAUAAACAAAAAGAAAUUGCAUAAGCUGGAUUUUGGCGUGCGCUUUGCUCAUCUUCUGGCCCGCCGCUGCCGCCGCCGCCGCUGCUGCUGCUGCUGCAAUAUUUGAGUGGCUUCUGUUGUUUUUUGUGCCUGUUUUUCUCAUCCCAGCGAGAAAACGCGAGAUAAAACUGAAAAGCUAAAAAACUAAGAAACACAAACUAAAAUAAAACAAAAACAUAGAGACGGAGACUUAAACUCAGUGGCGGCUUUUUACACACAUUUUAAUCAACUCCGCUGGGCGGCUUGACCAUUUGACUUUUUUCGAACAAGUUUGCAGUCAAGUUUGGGGCUCUCUCUGUGUGCGUUUUCGGCAAUUAAAACCCAUUAAUGCAAUUGUUGCUAACCAAUUUCCAUAGUCAUAUGUUUGUGUGUGUGUACGGUGUGUGUGUGCGCGCCUUUUAGCCGUUAAACAUUUAUGCAACUCGGCCGAAAGCAGCAACAACAACAACAACAACAACAACAGCAGCAGCAUCUAGCCAAGGGACGUUCGCCAUCCGCAAUUGAAGUCCGUGCGAGACAACAAUGCCCAUUUGCAAAAGUUCACCUGGCACUGCGAGCAAGAAAACAGCCACGGAUAUAUCCGCCGAUCACGUGACGGAAGCUGCCCAGGUGAAAAGGACCCGGGAGCAGGCCUACUUCAACUCCUACGACUUCGAUGCAAUCGAAGUGCUGCCCUACGACGAGGAGGACGACGAGGGGGGCACCAGUCGGAGUAGAAGCCGGAGUCAGAGUCGUAGUCAGAGCAGAAACGAAAGCAGCAGCAGCCGUAGCAGCAGCACCAGGAGCUACUCGGCAACCAAAGAUCCGAGUGCGACCCAUAAGUUUGCGUAUCUGCAACGUUUGGGUGCCUUUUUUGCUCGAAACGGAAGUGGUGGAGUCGAGUCUGAAGCAGCAGAAGCCGCAAGAGGAGCUGCUCAAAGCGGAGGAAGUGCAAGCAAUUUGGCAGCAAAAGGAAAGGGUGAAAACUUUCUUCUUCCACGCGCCAUGUUGAAGUAUCAAAGCACAGCGACAACUUCAGCCUCGCCAUCGUCCACAUCCACAUCCACAUCCACGACAGCAACAACAGCAGCAGCUCCAAUGCCAUUGAAGAAUGGACUAGGCAGUGGAAUGGGGAAUGCAAUUGGUCACGACCAACAGCUGGAGGUGACCGCCGGCGUGGGGGAGCGCAGCAAGAAGUGCUCGAUAGCCUCCAAUGUCAGCAGCACGCAUUCCGCGGAUUCCGGACUGCCAGUCGCAGCAGCAGCAGCAUCAACAACAGCAGCAGCAGCAGCAUCUGCGGCAGCAGCAACAUCUGCUGCUGCGGAAAACCAGGUGAAUGAGACGCCGCGCGGCGGUGGCUCACACUAUUCGACAGACAAAAGCGGCUCGUCCGGUUAUUACAGCUCCAAUGUGUGCUCCACUUACUCGCUGGACGAGCACAUCUAUUGCGAACCGGUCAUCGAUGUCCAGGAGAAGAUCAAGAGUGUGGCCGCCAGGCAGAGACAGCGACCGCCUCUCCAGCUGCCAACGAAAGUGGCGGCUCCGCAGGAGGUGGCAUCGAUAGACCCACCAGAAGCCACCGUUGAAAAGCUAACCGCAGUGAAGAGUCAGCGCUCGGACAUGCAAGAUGCAGCUGGAGCUGCCCCAACGAAUGACCAUCAAAGCCAGUCAAAGGCCGAGGCGGCCGAGGAGAUGCAUCACUACAGCAGUAAGCUACGCAUCCUGGAGACGAGCAUCGAGAAUCUGGACCGACACCUGAAGACCUUUCCCUGCCUGUACGCCCAGGAUCAAAUUGUGAGCUUCAUGCAGGUAGCUGGCGGGAGAAACGAAGUCUCAUCCCAAACCAUGGAUAUUGGGGAGAAACUGAGAGCCUACAACCAGUUGCCCACAAUCAUGGAGCAGCAGCAGCAGCAGCAACAGGAGCAGAUGGUGGAUGACUCGUUGUUGGACAUUGACCUAGAUGCCUUUCUUUUGGCGCCCAAUGCGGGUCAUCGGGGCAUCGACAAUCCCAGCUUUCUAAACGACGAACAGCUGGCGGAGAACAACUACAAGUGUGCCAAGUACAUCAACUCCUGUCCCGAGGAUGCCUAUCGCCUGGACAGCGAGAGGGGCGGACCAGGAGGUUCUGGAGUGGGCGUGGCUGAGGAGACGUAUGCCAAGCGUUACGAGGAUCAGUUGCAUUUCCAAAACACUCGUGAACUAUUGGAGGAUGUCCGUGAUAAGAUCCGCCUCCUGUCGCGUGCCACGCCUCCACCUUCGGCCACGCCCACACCAGCCAGCACUCCGCCCACGGAUGUGCCCAAGGAGCUGGAGGGAAUGAUCCAUACGCUGAAGCACGAACUGGAGUCGUACUUGCAACGCAUGAAUCAGCACAGCGAACUGGAGCUGCGGCAGCUCUGCAGCGGCUUGGGUCGCCAGCAGCACGUUGUCCGCAUGCAGAACGCCCUGGAACGAAGACGCAGUUACGCCGACCUGCAGCUUAACGCCUACGAAGCUGUACGCGACGGAGUACUCAUCUCCGCGAAUGGUAGACCACUUAGCGUCCGCGAGCAGAUCAUGACCAUUCGUUGUGCCAGCGAUCCCAACUUCAAGAUGAAGCGCAAAUCCAUUGCGGAGAUCUUUCCGGCCGCCGAAUGCUACGUGGAAUCGGAGGUAACGACCACCAGUUUGUCUCGCAGUGCCACGCCUUCGCCCGCCUCAACGCCGCAACUGGAGCUCGAGGCACUGCAUCCAGGCCUGAGCACCACCACAGUCGUUACGCAAAUGCAGCGGAAUCUCACCUUUCACAAGCCCAUCCUGGCGGUGGCCAGCAGUAGUCAGGGAUUGGGAAAUAUGACAGUCGACGGAGCUGGCGGGGAUAAGACGGAUCGGGAGCGGGAACGAGAGAGUAUCGCCGAGUGGCACCGCAAGAAGCCCAGCAUCUGGGAAAUGUACUACGGCACCAACCGGCUCCAUCAGUCACUUCUCGGCAAGCAGCGAAGUGGAGGCGAACUGGUCAUCAGCAGUGCCCAGCCCACUCUGUCCUACCCAUCCUCACGACCUGAGUCGGACUUUACGCUCGACCUGCCAAGGGCCGAGCAGCUGCGCUUGAAAAUGGAGAAGGAGAAGAAGUUCCGCCAAAGAUGUCGCUUUAUCACCACGUUCCUCAGCCUGGUCUUCUUCCUGCUGACUGUGAUGGUGGUCAGCUUGGUAUUGACCCGCGGCAAACGGAUGUUCGGCAGCAUGAUUUGAGGAUUCCCAUUACCAAACGACCACUACCGAUGGCUAGAGCCAAAUUAGUUAGUCUCUAGUUCCGACUCGGCUAGAUCGAGAGUCAGCAGAAUAUUACAAACUUCAGUGCCAACCACAAAUUUAAAACGAUAGCGAAGCUCAAGUUUAGUGUUAGUGGUAAUCAUAAGCUCAUCGUGGUUUUUUUUUGGCAGGGCAGGACCGCCACAGCCGCAGUCGCAGUAUUGUUAAUAAAUUAUUUAUGUGAUCCUAGUUGUUAAGUCCGAGUGAGUGCAUUUGUUUCUGUGCGUACGCGUUCACUGCCUGUAUCCAGCCUAUCGUUUGUCAAACCUAUCGUUAAGCCCAUCAAACUGUAUUAAGUCUAAAUGUAUACCUAAUUAUAGCUAGAGUCUUGUGAAAAUGCGAAGAAUAAACGGAAUACCGAGUACAUUUAA